GACGGAUCGGGCACUGACACAUUCAACAUGGCCGUACACUGCUCGUCGAAUUUGAACGUUCCGGAAGCAGGAAGUGUGACAUAGGCCUAUUAGCGCUGAAGCACAGACCCAUUAACUCACCUCCCGUAAAACCUGAGACUGAUAUCCUGUAAAAAGGGAAAGCAUAGCUCUGCUACAGACAUAUUGUCUUUAUUAAAUGAAGCAGAGACUUCUCUCUCUGUAGACUUCUUUCAGCAGGAAAAGCUAAUGUAGCUAAUGAUGCUAUUUGAAUGCUGAAGUCUGAACAAGGCACCACCUGAGAGACGUCUCAAAUUCCUCGUCACACUAAAUAAUGAAUCAAUAUCACUGAAUGAGAACCGCUGAACGGUCAACCUCCCCCUCUCCCCUCCUCCACGCAAUCCCCCUCCUCAGGCAGCCAAUCAGAGCCCUACCUCCUGUCUAACCCUUCCCGUGGGCCCCUCCUCCUCUCGUCUGUGAUUAUAUAGUCUAUGGACAUCACCAGUCACACACACAGACACCGCUGCUGCUUCUGCCGCUGCCACGAGCAGCUCCGUAGAGGAGGCUGCACUGAACAUAUUCACCCAUUGACAGGCUCAGAGAAACAGGGCACAUGCUGGCUGGUAUUGAGAGCAACAACUACAGCAGCAACCCCGCUGACAUUGACGGCACCAGAGGCAACCAUAGAGAAACCCCCUGUAGCAUCAUCAGAGCCCGGAGCAACCAUCGGACGCAGGCUGAGAGGACUGCCGACAACAGGCAGCCUUUCUAGCAACCUUACCCAAGGACAGCAGCUCCGAGAUGGGCUGCUCUUCAGGUCGCCAAACCCCGGCCCCGGUGCUUCACCCGGACCUGGACUGCGGGAACGGCAGCGAGGCCAACAGCUUACCCCAGGACUCUGAGAACCAAAACCAGGCUUUGAAUGGCUGCAGGGAAGGGGAACCCAGACUUCCAGAGACUCUCCCCACGCUGGAGAGACUCGCCCAGGCUACAGGCGGGACGGAGAAGUCCUGGUACCGCUGCGUGUUCCCGUUCGGCGUCAUAUCGCUGGUGAUCGGCAUGGCGGGCACGGGGGUGACGUUCACUUUCAACACGCUGCUCCAGACCAAAGUGGUGUCGGUGGCGUUGCUGUGUGCGGGCGUAGUGAUGCUGCUCGUGGCGGCCGUUUGCUGGAGGGCCCACAGACUGAGGAAGAGGAAAAAGAAGGAGAGUGGAUUCUUCACUGCUGAUCAGGGCACUUUGUGAUGGAGGGUGGAAUCCAAGUCAGGUCCUUUUGUUUGUCAGGACAGAGCACUUCAAGUUGGACUAUUUGAAGGAGACUGAGUCUGUGAUGUAGAGAAAUCAAUGCUUUUCUGCUAUGCACAGUGAUAAAGAGGGUAGGAGCGAUGAAUUGUACAGGAAAUAUUGAAACUUUUUGAUGUCGUUUACUCAGAGAGGAAGAUAUGUUUAUUCAGACAAGGCCAGUUUAUCAUCAUCACCAUCUCGAACAGAAACAGGGUCGUAGAUGAGAACCCUAACCCUACAUUUGCAAAGAAAUUGGCAAAGCUCGUAUCUAUUCUAACCAUAAAAAUUCAAACCCAAUACCUCACCUUGACCAUUGCUACAAAACCGAAGGACACCACUUAGACCAGAUCGAUUCACAGGGUCAAUUUUACUCUUAAAACUCUCCUUCUCCUGUUCUUACUUUGUCUUUCUCAGUUAUGGAUUCACUUGAAAAGCAUGUGGAGCCCAAAGCACCGUAUAGAUUAUUGCUCUGAGACUGGUUUCUUGUGUCAGAACAAUGUGGCACUUCAGGAAUAAUGAUGUACCAAUGGUUGUCUACCUGCAAAGCAAAAUACCCCUAUGUUAAUCACAAUAGUAAAAAGAGCUCAGGACCACAAGUUUGUCCUCGUAAGUUUGGCCUGGGUUGCAGAGCAUUUCCCCUCCCUACACAAAACCACAGUCGAAGUUGCCCUUUUGCACGUACUCCACUUACUCUCUAACUGCUUCAGUGCACUCAUUAGUUGAAAGUGCAGCAGUGAACCAGUGGAAAAAAAAAAAGCCAGAGUGAAUAAUUCUACACAUGCACUCUCACAUGUUAUGUUUCCACCUGCAGUCCAAUUUUCUAUUAUCAGGCACAAAGGUCAACACUUCUUUUUUCCCCUUCCUGCCACCAAGCUUUGUGGUUCAAAACCUCAAUCCAGCUGUGCCAGAUCAAUAGAGAAAGCACCACUCCAUGAAGUUUUAAGCUGCAUUCAGUAAUGGGAUGUAUUUUUAGUCCGUGCACAUGAAAUUGCUCUCCACAGCCAAGACUUCUUGGACCCGUCGUAGAUGACUUGUACAUUGGAUGACAAGGAAAUCCCAUUAUAGGUAUGCUUCAGUGAAAGACAGAACGGCCUGAUUGCUCCGCCUCGUGCUGAGCUAACCAGAGGGAACAACACUUAACGUUUCCGUGUGAGCAUUGAAAAAUCUUGCUCUGCCAUGAAGGAUUUAUAUAGGCAAAAGGAUAUGAGAAAUGGGCAUGGAGUUAAAUCCUGGCUGCAGGGAGGUUUAACUUGUCAUGUGUGAGGUUAGCUGUCUCUCAGAGUGGUAGUGGAGUGGUCUUAAUGCCUUUGUCCUGGAUAUUGUCCUUUCUUGAACACCAUACACUAGAAUCAGAUGACUGUAAAGAUCAAUGUUUUCUUAAAGCAACUAUAGCUGGUUCUUUGUUAAGCAAAAACGUGUAGCAGUGUGUUACUCCCCACAGUACCUAUGAUAGUGUAUGGUCUUUAGCAGAGUGUUAAAGGAAACCCAGCAGCUUCUUGUCAGCUGUAGCAAUGUUAUUGUGUUUGUUGAUUUCUAUCUUUGAUCAAACGUUUACUGGACAUAGCACGUGGUUCGAGUUUCUUCUGCAUGGAGGUGCAACGACAGUUUCCACGCUUCCUGUUCUCAAACUUAAGAGUCUGUUACAUCUGAAGGAAAACAUGUGUCCUCCAGGAUUGUGUUUCUGAUACAAGCAGGGAGGAGGUUUUGGGGGUUCGGUUGUUUUAAGUUACAUUUGUAAGUGAAGUUAUGUAACAAACACACUUUAUUUGAGUCAAAACAUGAUCUUCUUCCACACCUAACUAAUAGUUUGUUUGCCGUUUGGUUUUGUGUUGAACUCUCCUACCCUAUGGAGUUGUUACGACGCUUCCCAAGCAGCCUGUUCUCCUAAAAAUUCUGUUUUGCUACAACUAAACUGCAUUGUAAUCUAAAGGGGAAAUGUUCUCCCAGGUUUUGUUUGUUUUUGUUAGAUCAAAGAUAAGUUUCCAAUCAAAACAAGGAGAAAGACUUUGUAGAAGGAUGAGUUAAACAGACAUCUAGCCUUCAUCCUGUACCAGAUUUAAGUUAUGCAACAUGCGAUAACAUCUUCUAACCAAACCUAGAUAAUUAGUGUUGUUAAUUAAGUUUGCCGUAACUAGCAAACUUAAUUUUCAAUUACGAUUAAAGCAAACAUGCUGUCUUUCCCACCCAAACAUUGAAACCCCGGGGGCGAUCUUUGUGUCCUUUUUGAAACCGAAAGUCAACGCUAACCUGUUUUACGUUACGUUUGAGAGCUAAGUUACUUAAUCAAGUUAAAGCAUGAUCUUUUACCAAACCUAACUUAGUUUGGUUGCCAUUUGCUUUAAGGUCACAACAGUAACUAUCUUUAAAAAUGCGUUUGUAACUCUGGACUAAAUAUCCUUUCCUUUUAACGUAAUUCAGAUUCCGUUUGAUCGUAUGGGGUAUGAAUAUUUAGGAGAACAGGUGUUUACUGUGUGUGUGCUCAAAGCUACACUUAAUCUGAUUCCUCUUGGUUUGCCACCUUUCUUCUCCGUGCCCUUUCACAGUUUGCUAAUAAAACCCAAAUGAUCUCUGAUAAUCCCUCCCAGUAUCGAUGUGUUCAUUCCUGUGCACACGUGUUGUCCUGUGUGUUCUUCUAAUUAUCGACCGAUCAUAGAUGGUACUGUGUCUUUGUAAAACGGUAGCCGCCUUUCUUAAUGUACCCGAGUGUCUUAUGAGCAUCCUUGUACAGACUGUGUUUGUGUAUUGUCUAUUUUAACAGUUAGACACAGAGUACAGUACGUAUCUCACUGGGUCAGUCGCCCACACUAGCAUUUCUACUUCUGUUUUUGCUCUCUGGUUGUGAUGAUAUCAAGUGUGUUGCUGUGAGUGUUAACUGUAAUCGUUUCAUUCCAAAAUGAGACAUCUGCCAUUUGAAAUCAUCAUUAAAAAAGGGACAAUUUCUAUUAAAGUGAAGCACAUUACGGGUUAUAAUUAUAGUUAUAAGGAUAGAAAACGUGUCGUUUUGUAACCGUAAGUACAAUUCAGAUUGUAUUUUUGAAGUCGGACUGAAAUAAAUACCCAUGGUUUUGGAAUGAAACUUUAUUUUCUUACGUGGUUGUGGUCAAUUUGCUUUGAGUGUGUCGGCAUGGCCCAGCUUUCUCUCUGAGUGCCUUUUAACGUGCAACUUAAAUAUCCCCCUGUAAGGUGCACUUAAUGUACGAUGUAUGUAUGGCGCCAUUAUUGGAGUGACCCAAGAGGCUGCAGUGUUUUUAUCCCAGUGUGUGUGUGUAAAUCUACGUAAUGGUUUAACACAGAAAUAUCAAAUAUAUGUAUUUUUUGGUCUCAAA